AUUGGUUGAAUUCCCAGCAACAGGCGGUGUGGUUCCAUCCUGGCAGUUUCAGCCUGUAAAACUGAUCCGCUACGUCACCACUUUUGAUUUCUUCCUGGCAGCCUGUGAGAUCAUCUUUUGUUUCUUUAUCCUUUACUAUGUGGUGGAAGAGAUACUGGAGAUUCGCAUUCACAAGCUACACUAUUUCAGGAGUUUCUGGAAUUGUCUGGAUGUUGUGAUCAUUGUGCUAUCGGUGGUAGCUAUAGGAAUUAACAUAUACAGAACAUCCAAUGUGGAGGCCCUGCUGCAGUUUCUGGAGGAUCAAAAUACUUUCCCCAACUUUGAGCAUCUGGCAUACUGGGAAAUACAGUUCAACAACAUAGCUGCCGCCGUAGUGUUUUUUUGUCUGGAUUAAGCUCUUCAAAUUCAUCAAUUUUAACAGGACCAUGAGCCAGUUCUCCACGACCAUGUCUCGGUGUGCCAAAGACCUCUUCGGUUUUGCUAUUAUAUUCUUCAUUAUUUUCUUGGCAUAUGCUCAGUUAGCUUACCUUGUCUUUGGCACUCAGGUUGAUGACUUCAGCACUUUUCAGGAGUGUAUCUUUACUCAGUUCCGUAUCAUUUUGGGUGAUAUCAACUUUGCAGAGAUUGAGGAAGCUAAUCGAGUUUGGGGACCACUUUAUUUCACUACCUUUGUGUUCUUUAUGUUCUUCAUUCUUUUGAAUAUGUUUUUGGCCAUCAUCAAUGAUACUUACUCUGAAGUGAAAUCUGACUUAGCUCAGCAGAAAGCUGAAAUGGAACUGUCCGAUCUUAUCAGAAAGGCUUGGUAAGUGUACUGCCAGCUUGGACUUGGAUUCUGGGAG